CUCUUUAGUCUUCCACGUUCUCUGCUUUUCUAGUGUUGUUGAUUUACCGGCUACCUAUCGUAAACGUUCGAUAGUGCUUUACGAAAUAUAUUUACGGUACGCGAUAGUUUUGACUCGAGUGUUGAUUGAGUCAGCCAAUCGCUACUUUGACCGCCACACCAUCAUGGCAUCACCAAAAUAUAUCAAUGCAUCAUAAUUCAUAAUGAUAACUCACACGAGAUACGACAUACAUUUAUUCUGAAUACUUUACACUAUACAGUCUGUCGUGAGUCGUCCACUCGUCCACACGGCUGUCAGGUAUUCACAAUACUACCAUUAUACACGUAAACUAUAUAUUAUUUAUUUUCUAAGUCUCACCCGAGUCCGUUCGCUGCGUUAUUCGUUGUUUUCUUUUUUAACAAUUUCAUUGCUCAUCAAUUAAUAUAGUAUCAAUGUUUUUUACGUUCGACGGAAUCUCCAUCGAUCAUACUACGAUGAUGUACGGUUUUGUGUACAGGCGACAACAUUCAGGCCAUUUCCGCAUCGCACGAUAAUUGAACCAGAAGGUAGAACACCGCAUUACAAAGUGCGCCUUGGUCUUAUUUUGUGUAGACUUAACAACUUCCGUUCUGAAGGGUGAUACCACUGAUACUACAUUUUGGGAACCCGUUAUAAUCAAUCGUCGCAAAUGCAUAACUAACUUCAUGUUCAUGGCACACAGCACCAUCCUCGGGGCAAAAAUAAUCGAGCGACUUCACUUUCACUAAACUUAGUUUUUCGAGCAGUUCGGCAGUUCGCCUAUUCAGAAAUAAAUAUAAUUAUUUAUUAGUUCAUAAUUAAUUAAUUUAUUAUGAGUUUUGAUGAAUAUGAGACCAUACCAUCAUCUAAUGUGACUGAUCACAUGAUGGCUGGUGCCAUUGCAGGAAUUAUGGAACAUUGUGUAAUGUACCCUCUGGAUUCUGUAAAGACUCGACUGCAGGCAUUCAUGCCAUCUGGAAAUGUAGGGAAUCGAGGAAUUGGCACUGUUCUUUUUAAUAUGAUAAAACAUGAAGGAUAUUUAAGACCAAUGCGUGGAAUGGGGACAGUAAUUAUAGGUGCUGGACCUGCUCAUGCUCUCUAUUUUGCAUCCUAUGAACAUUUGAAGCAAAAAAUUUCCCAUCAAACACCUUUAAAUAUGACAGUUUCCUCAGGUGUUGCUGGAUGUGUUUCAACUAUUAUACAUGAUGCAAUUAUGACUCCAACAGAUGUUGUUAAACAACGUUUGCAAAUGUCAAACUCACCAUAUAAUGGUAUUUUAAAUUGUGUGAGUUCAAUUUGGAGAACUGAAGGAUUAGGAGCAUUCUAUCGUUCGUACAUGGUACAAUUGUUCAUGAAUGCACCAUUUCAAAUAGUUCAUUUUAUGACCUAUGAGUAUUGUCAAAAUUUUUUGAAUCCAGAUAGAAUAUACAAUCCUUUAUAUCAUAUGAUAUCAGGAGGUGUUGCUGGGGGACUCGCAGCUGCUAUAACAACCCCAUUGGAUGUAUGCAAGACUCUAUUAAACACUCAAACUACAAAUGUAAGAGUUGAAGGUUUGUUCCGUGCAGUCACAACUGUGUAUACCUUAGGUGGUCCUGGAGGAUUUUUUAGAGGUAUGGUAGCUCGUGUCUUGUAUCAAAUGCCAUCAACAGCCAUAUCCUGGACGACUUAUGAAUUUUUCAAAUUCAUACUAAUGAAGAAAUCAAACAUAUCCGAUGAUCGACCACCUCCUCCACCUCCUCCAGUAAAUUCAGCAUUGAUAAAUGAAAAAAUAACAAAAAAAACUAGUGUUCGGUGUGAUUUGCCUGUAGCCUCAAGAUCACGUAUAUAUAGUCAUUAUACAGUUAGAGAUGAUGGUUCUAAAGGUCAGCAAUUUUAGGUUAGUAUUGAGUUACCUGGUCUAAACUAGUAUAUUGUGGGCAGACAUUAGUUUAUUAUGUAUACAAAUUGUUUUUAAAUUAGGCUUGUUAUUAAUUGCGUAAUGUUGCGUAUCCAGGUUAAAUUUUUAAUUUCAGGUGUUCAGUAUUAAACUACUAAAUUAUAUAAUGUAUAAAGAAAAAAUAGAAAU